AUGGCAAUUCAAAACAUACUUCGAGGCUUGAUAGCUUCGCCAUCGUUACUCCUCUACCUUGUACCAGCUGCUUUGGCCAGAGAAACGCAGUACAUCUACGGGACUGGCAUAGACGGUAUCACUCAGCGAUUGGCAGUCGACAGGACUCCCGCACUAUACACGGGCGACUUUGGUGACUGCCUGGGAGGGCAGAGUCUCUUCAACAUAACCAAGUUUGAUGCUGCUUACUAUAAAGAUAAUUCAACAGUCUUGUUUCACCUGGACGGCGCCUCCAUGAUCAAAAAUGAAUCCCUCGUGAUGCGCUUCUCAAUGGACGCCUACGGCGAAAACCGAUACCAGAUGGUUUUUGACCCCUGCUUCGUCAAUAUCCACAGUCUGUGCCCACUCAACUCCUCCGUACCUGUCGAGGCUUGGGCCGUUUUCCCGGUCGGUCCAGCGCAGGUGGGGGGCAUUCCAAGUCUCGCCUUCACUAUCCCAGACUUUGAGGGCUCCGUUCGCCUGCAAAUAUUCGCAAACUCGACUAGGUCUCAGAUCGGGUGCUUCCAGGCAAGCAUGACGAACGGCAUUACCAUGGGCCACCCUCAAGCCAUCAGCCCAGUCCUCGCCUUGUUCACUUCGGUAGCCAUUGCCGCUUCCUUUGCAACCGCGGCGUAUGGCGUCAGUAUCACUCACAUGAGAACUCACUACGCUCAUUCGAUCUCUGCUGUGGUUGUCUUCGAGGCCUUCCAAAGUAUCUUCCUUUCUGGUGCUCUAUCUCUGAACUUCCCAAGUGUCUUGAUUGCGUGGUGGAGCAACUUUGCGUGGUCAGCAGCACAAAUUUUCAGCCGUUCGAUGAUCAAGUCUAUGCAAUCGUUCACUGGGAUAAGCGGCAAUGCAGGUCAAGGAGGAGAUGCCGGAUCGGUCUUCCCUGACAGCAACGAGGGAAAUUUAGCUCAGCAGAUUUAUGGCCGAUCCAAUCUACUUACCACAACAACGAGCCAACUCUUGCGCCGGCAGCCAUACAAUGCAAGUGACCCGUACGACUACACUUGGGCAGGUAGCGCUGCGAGUCCAGGGAUUCCUCUGCCUGGAACGUGGACGGGCUUCCAAGGCACCCUAGCGGCGUUGGAUAUUCCAGCUGCAGAUGCCUUCACAACUGCCUUGACCUGGUUGUCGGCCCUAUUAGGACUUCUGGUUCUCGGCAUGAUCUUUUUGAAAGUGUUCCUGGAAUUCCUUGCCAGAACCAAGCGAAUGAGAGAUGAUCAGUUAUUGUAUUUCCGAAACCACUGGGCACAGUACACGGUCCUCGCCAGCCUGCGGGUACUAUUUAUGGCGUUCGCCACGAUGGUGACGUUGAUAUUCUACCAGUUUGCAAUCGGAGGAUCAGCUGGGGUCAAGGUGGUCGCCGCCAUUUCCCUCCUUGUAUUCCUGCUUGGAAUCGGCGGCUUGGCAACUUACGCAUGCCAUUCGCGGCUCAGAUUUGAUCAAUACACUGUACAACUGGACCGUAUUUUGGUCGUACGCGACAACCGGCUGAGGGCUAUACCAUUUAUUUGCUUCAUUCGGCUGAGCACCCUGAAAGAAGCAGAGUUCCCGGGGAGGCUGAUCGGAUCGAUACCAUUUGUUCAGGUUCUCUACAACGAUGACAAUGUCGACCGCGUUUCUGUGCAUGAAGACCACGUCUAUAUCAAGAGGUUCGGGUGGCUGUCAGCUCGCUAUCGGCGCACGAGAUGGUGGUUCUUUGGGUGCAGCCUCCUGUACGAACUCUUUCGUGGACUCUUCAUCGGAGGCGCAGUGGACUCACCACAGGCACAAGUAUAUGGACUAUUAGUCUUUGAGGUCCUCGCAUUCUUGGUUUUUGCCAAGCUUGACCCUUUUGAAGGCCAACGGAACAUGGCGCUCGCUGUUUGGAUGUUGGGGAUCAGCAAAGUCCUGACAGCGGCCCUUUCAAUCGCCUUUCUACCCACAAUGAGAACUAACCGCAUCGUUGCUACGGCUAUUGGACUCGUCAUAAUUGUCGUACAAGGUCUGCUGGUUGUUGGACUCAUGAUCUUGGUGGUGAUCGGGGCGAUAACAUCAUACAUGUCGCUCACACGCAACAAGGAGGAAUUCACUCCCGAGACACUCGAAUCAGUCCGAGUACAGUACUUUGAGCACCUGCAGACCAAGGCAAUUGACAUCCAUCUCUCCAAAGAGCAAAGGGACUGGCAGAACAAGCUCGAGGAAACGGAGAAGGACAAGCAGCCGGCUCAGCCCUCCUUCUCCGUGAUUGCUGUGAAGCGGAUGUCAAAGAUCGAGGACGAGGACGAGGACGAAAUCAUUGUUGGUGCUCUGGACACAUCCCUGGAAGAAGGCCCGAACUUGGAUCCAAACCGUCUCAGCAGAGCCAGACGACUUAGCCGGACUAACAGCGUCAGCUCGAGAAUGUCAACCCACAGUCUCCCACGCAGAGCUCGCCCUCAUAGAGCCAGCUGGAGCUCGCGUGACUUCGGCGAGUGGGAUGCGCUUUCACUUCAGCGGCCUGAAAGCGGCCUGGUCAGGCGGCUGAGCGGCUAUGGACCGCCUAUUAGCAAUCCCUCAAAGAAAAUUUCGCCGCUCGUGGUUGAGGAGGAGCCGGCUCAUCGCAGCUCUCAGGCAGCUUUGGAAGAAUCAAAUCACAGUCCCACAUCAUCCAUGACGCCUCCCGAGUCGCUUCCGAACAGCACUACGGCACUUCGAACUAACAAUGCUGAUUCAAGCGCCGGGGAGGGGGAUGACAUGAAAAGCCCCGUAAAUGAAGUGUAA